GAAAGAAGGAAAGAACCGAACGGGAAGCAGUCGAGGUUAAAGGAACGCGCAGAGUGGAGAAAGGUGCAGCAAGGAUUAGCUGUGUGUCCUGGGUGGGGGUGUGUAGGUACGAUUCCUACAUGAAUUGAAGUUGGAUCCAGCCCUGAAGAUAAAGCGUGGACAAUGUGAAGCUCUGCUAGAGACAGUCUGAGCAGCCUGUACCGUGCGUUUAUCUGGUGGGAGAUGGUACCAUUGUGCUAAUGUCAUUGGACUGGAAAUCCAGAACUCCAGGCUGAUAUUUGGGGAACGUGGAUUCAAAUCCCAUUAUGGCCGAUGGGUCCAAAAAGAAUUAAACCACGUAAACUUCUACAAAACAGGGUGACUGUUCUCAUUUCUCCCAGUUAUCAUGAACCGUCGAAUCGAUGUUUGAGAGGUCCAACCUCCUCUCGUGGCUCGCUGAGGGGUUCCUGGGUCACACUCAAUGGACACAGUUAAAUAGUGGAGCACUCACCCUCGUCAGCUGUGGUGACCCAAGAGAACCUCAUACUCCUGGAUUUGAGUGACAGCAAAUGAUUUGCAAUGGUGACAUGAAACGCAAGAGGGAAGAUUUUUAUUUUCUGAAAGCAGAAACAACCGCGCUACUUUAAAUCUCGGAAGAGGGAGGACAUAAAGCAUGAGUUUCCUGAGCAGACUGCGUCGGCUGUUUCGACAACUCACGUUGCAGGGAGUGCUUCUGUUACUCUUUGCCUUCUGCAUGGUUACUGUGUUCAUCUCUGCCUAUUACCUGUACAUCGGAACCAAGCAAGAGACGGAACUUUCUAGUGAAGUCCAGCGUCCUGACUGUGACGACUCCAGAGUCACCCCAUCCAGGCUAUUCCCAACCAAGCCCAUGAAGGCAGUGGAUGUCUCUCGCACUGACCCUGUGGUCCUGGUCUUUGUUGAAAGCAUGUACACCCAACUGGGGCAGGAGAUAGUAGCCAUCCUGGAGACCAGUCGGUUCAAGUACCACACGGAGAUCGCGCCGGGCAAGGGUGACAUGCCCACAUUGACAGAUGAGGACAGAGGUCGUUUUGUCCUCGUUAUAUAUGAGAACAUUUUGAAGUACGUGAAUCUGGAUGCUUGGAACAGGGAACUGCUCGAUAAAUACUGCAUCGAGUACAGUGUUGGCAUAAUUGGCUUCUUCAAAGCCAAUGAAAAUAGUUUGCUCAGUGCCCAGCUAAAGGGCUUCCCUCUGUACCUCCACUCUAACCUGGGCCUCAAAGACUGUAGCAUUAACCCCAAAUCACCGCUUCUGUACAUCACAAAAGCAAAGGAGGUAGAGAAGGGCUUCCUGCCGGGAGAUGACUGGACAGUUUUCCAGUCCAACCAUUCGACGUAUGAACCCGUUUUGCUCGCCAAGACCAAAUCCGCUGAGAACAUCCCGCACAUGGAGGUGGAUGCUGCUCUUCAUACAACUGUAGUGCAGGACCUGGGUCUCCAUGACGGCAUACAGCGAGUGCUGUUUGGAAACAACAUGAACUUCUGGCUCCACAAGCUUGUCUUUGUGGAUGCUGUCUCCUUUCUAACAGGGAAGAGAUUAUCUCUCCCGCUGGACAGGUAUAUUUUAGUGGACAUUGAUGAUAUCUUUGUUGGCAAAGAGGGAACCAGGAUGAAAGCAGAAGAUGUGAAGGCGCUCCUUGAAACCCAGAAGCAAUUGCGAGUUCACAUUCCAAACUUCACCUUCAACCUGGGCUUCUCUGGAAAGUUCUAUUACACCGGGACCGAUGAGGAAGACCAAGGGGACAGUCUUCUCCUGGCCAACGUGGAGGAGUUCUGGUGGUUCCCUCACAUGUGGAGUCACAUGCAACCCCAUCUGUUCCACAACCAGUCAGUGCUAGCUGAGCAAAUGCUCCUCAACAAGCAGUUUGCGCUGGAGCAUGGUAUUCCCACUGACAUGGGCUACGCAGUGGCACCUCAUCAUUCUGGAGUUUACCCCGUUCACAUCCAGCUCUACGAAGCGUGGAAGCAGGUCUGGGGGAUGAAAGUAACAAGUACAGAGGAAUAUCCGCACUUGAAACCAGCUCGAUUCCGGCGAGGGUUCAAACACAAUGGCAUCAUGGUUCUGCCUCGUCAAACGUGUGGGCUUUUCACACACACGAUAUUCUACAGCGAAUAUCCCGGAGGGCCCAGAGAAUUGGAUAAGAUCAUUAAUGGAGGAGAGCUCUUCCUCACUGUUCUCCUUAACCCUAUAAGCAUCUUCAUGACACACCUGUCAAACUAUGGCAAUGAUCGCCUGGGUCUUUACACCUUUAAGAACCUCAUCAGCUUCGUGCAGUGCUGGACAAACCUCAAGCUACAGACUCUGCCACCUGUCCAGCUCGCACAGAAAUAUUUCCAACUGUUUCCUGAAGAGAAGGACCCUGUGUGGCAGGAUCCUUGCGAAGAUAAGAGGCACAAGGAUAUCUGGUCGAAAGAAAAGACAUGUGAUAGACUUCCCAAACUGCUUAUCAUUGGACCUCAAAAGUCAGGUACCACAGCUCUUUAUCUGUUCCUCACUAUGCACCCGGAUGUCACCAGCAAUUCUCCAAACCCUGAUAGCUUUGAGGAGUUGCAGUUCUUUAAUGGACCGAACUAUCAUAAGGGCAUUGACUGGUACAUGGAUUUUUUCCCUGUUCCGUCCAACACAAGCUCGGAUUUCUUCUUUGAGAAGAGUGCAAAUUACUUUGAUUCUGAGGUGGCCCCAAAACGGGCAGUGGCUCUGUUGCCGAAAGCUAAAAUUAUCACCAUUCUGAUCAAUCCCGCGGACCGAGCUUACUCCUGGUACCAGCAUCAGCGGGCUCACGAUGAUCCGGUGGCCUUGAAGUACAGUUUCUAUGAGGUUAUCACUGCCAGAGGGGACACAGUGCCAAAGCUAAGAUCUCUUCGGAAUCGUUGUCUCAUUCCAGGCUGGUACGCAACACACAUCGAGCGCUGGCUUAACCACUACCAUGCCAACCAGAUUCUUGUUCUCGAUGGACAUCUGCUCCGAGCAGAGCCCGCUGCAACAAUGGAAAAGGUGCAGAAGUUCCUUGGUCUCCGAAACAUUGCUGAUUAUCACAAGUUGCUGAUAUUUGAUCUGAAGAAAGGCUUCUGGUGUCAGCUGUUGGAUGGCAAUAAAUCGAAGUGCCUGGGGAAAAGUAAAGGCCGGAGGUACCCAGAGAUGGACAGUGAUUCGAGAGCUUUUUUACGUGAAUACUACAGAGAUUCCAACAUCGAGCUUUCAAAGCUGUUGUAUAAACUGGGACAGAGCCUGCCCACGUGGCUGAGAGAGGAACUUCAGAACAACAGGUAGCUGUACGCCAGGAAACAAAGGACAAAUUUGUGCAUCUGUGCUUCCAGCGGCUCUUCUCUGAGAUCAAGCCAGCAUUUCUGUCUCAUUGUCAUUCAUUUGUUAAAGGCCUGGUCGAUUCCUCAUCCUUCUAAGCACUGAUUGGGUCUCCAGAGACAGUUGAAGCAUUCAGCAUUGCUGAUGGUUUAUUAGCCCUGCGGGGAGACCUAUGCUUGUUAGUUACCCGCUGACUGGAAGCUCGUGAAGAGCAUUGUUUAUUUUCAUCUCAGGGCUGUGGCAGCUUCCCCAGGAGGAGCAGAAGGGAGUGAAGACUGUUAGCAAUAAUUGGUUCCUCAAGGCAUAGCUGGAGUUCAGGCCAAACCUAUAUUCACUCCUCCUGAAGUGCUGCAGCACAGAACCAUCACUCAGCUUCCACCAGCUCUCAGGAGAGGUCGGUCUCUGAUUUUUAUGAUCACAAAGUGUUGAACUCUUCCUCACAACAGUCACGAGGAAUAGGAUGUUGGAAGGGAGGUCUCUCUCAUUCCGCUCGCCUCAACAAAUGGCUCAGAAAGACAGCACCUUCUGAGAGUUGCUUCUGACUGGUUCUCUUGGGAGCUUUGAUGUUGAAUAGUUCACUGGGUUUUCUCCAAGAAACAAUUGAACGCAGCUUCUACCAAACAGCACAAAGCUGGCAGUCAGGUGAACCGGACCAGGAGACAGCUCCUUCCAGCAAAUAAGAUGGUCACUUUUGCUAAGUACGACCAGACUUGCAUAAAGAAGCAAUUCAGAAUGACCACAUUGUCCUACUUUGUAGAUGAUGUCUAAGCAAAAAGCCAUCCCCUCCCCCUUCCUUGCCUCUGGAUUACAUUUAUUAAGGGGCACAUCACUUUUCUAUACAAACACUUUCACAGAAUGCCGUUCGAAAUGGUACAAGUUCAGUUGGUCACAUUGGCAACCCUAGGGUAGGGUACUGCUUAACUACAAUGAAUACAAUUCAAAUUUCCAGUACAUUGAAGGCUGGUACAUGUAAUUAUAUCAUGUCUCUAUAUUCUUUCAUGCAAUAUGGGCUAGGCCAGCAAUUCUUGUCCAUCCCUAAUUGGCUAAAGGGCCAUUAAGAGUCAACUACAUUGAUGUGGAGUUGGAAGGCAGACCAUGUAAGGAUGACAAUUUCAGUUCCCUGAACGGCAUUCAUGAACCAGAUAGAUUUUCCUAACGUUCACCAUUAUACUAAUAAUUCCAGGUUUCAAUUAAAUUCAAUAUCCAUCAUCUGCCAAUGGUGGGAUUUGAAUCCUGAUCUGCAGAACAUCACCUGGAUCUCUGGACUAAUGGUCCAGCGAUAAUACCAUUAGGCCAUCACAUUUCAUUGGAUGUGUUCUCCACUCUUAGUCAAAGAGUUGGAGAGCUAAACAGCAUAGAAACUGUCACUUCUCUCCAGCUCGUCCAUAUCAACCAGAUAUCCCAAACUAAUCUAGUCCCACCUGCCAGCACUUGGCCGAUAUCCUUCCAAACCCUUCCUAUUCAUAUACCCAUCCAGAUGCCUUUUAAAUGUUGCAAUUGUACCAGCCUCCACCACUUCAUCUAGCAGCUCAUUCCACACACAACCCACCCUCUUCCCCUCAGGUCCCUUUUAAAGCUUUCUUAUCUCACCCUAAAACUAUGCCCUCUAGGUUUGGACUCCCCUCCCCUGGGGAAAUGACUUUGUCUAUUUAUCCUAUCCAUGCCUCUCAUGAUUUUAUAAAACCUCUGUAAAGUCAUCCCUCAGCCUCCGAUGCUCCAGAGAAAACAGUCCCAACCUGUUCAGCCUCUCCCUAUAGCUCAAACCCUCCAAUCCUGGCAACAUCCUUGUAAACCUUUUCUGAACCCUUUCAAGUUUCACAACAUCUUUCCUACAGCAAGCUGUAGAUUCUGGCUGGUGUGUAUCACAGUGCAAUAGGUUGGUUCAAUCACUUGCUGAUUUGGGGCUGAAAGUACAUAAUUGCCAUUUGUUAAACGUUGUCUAGUUUGAACACAAAUGAACCCAGACACUGCAGAAAACCCAACUGGAAUCUCGAUCUUCGAGGAAACAUUGCACAACAAAUUCCACAAAGUAUUGUACUGAGCUGUUCAUCAUUUGCAAUCUUUUAAUUGUUCAUUGAGCAAGAGGAUCCCUGAGAAACAUUUAAUAUAGAGACUUCUAAAUGGGGACCAAAUAGUCUCCAAGUAAAGAUGUACCAUUUUGCGAAUACCACCCAUUGCUUUUUUGACUCUGGACUCUCUACUUUCAUUGUUUUUUUGGAUGAUGUGGGUCAAGUGACGAACAAACUCCAUUUGAACUUGUAAAGUACAGUUGGAUCUCUGUAAGUAAGACAAUGGCGGGCAGACAAUCCUUGGUUAUGGGUACAGCAAUGCUCUCAGCAUCAGAAUAAUACAAUGGAAAUUGGAUUGAACUAUUCUUGGGCAUUGAGACUAACCAGAUGGAAGAUUGAUGUGAGAGGGAAAUGCAAUGAUUACAAGGUUUUACCCUGUUAAACCCAAACUGGAAAUGUAGAAAUCCAGACAUUCAGGGUGCAAACGAUAGAGGUUUAGCUGUCAAAUUUUGCAAGAUGGAGCUCUGUCCAACUCAAAAGUACCUGAUAUUUAAAAACUUUACUUUUUGAAGGAUUGUAUCUGAGGAUACGCUGCAGAACCGGACUGUUUUCCGCUCCCAGAGUAUCCCUUUUAAUGAUUCAAAACUGAUAUUUUGAAUUAUUAACAUGCAGUUACUUCUCGGCAAUAAACCGUGUUACCUGUUCCUGGAUUCCCUUUGUGUCAGCUGUGUAUGGAAAAGCAAGAUUUCUCUUUUUCUCUCCUCUUCAUCUAUGAGUGGGAUCUCUGUUUAAAUAUAUCAUAAACUUUCCACCAUUCAGCAUUACAUCAAAUGUGAAGUUUACAUCUGUUUGAAAACUUUUAGAAAAUCACGAUUAUCGUAAUUUAUUAACUUAAAGUGUUUAAAUCUGUAAAUAUCCUGUAAUUUACUCACCAGCUGUAA